AAGGCACAUGCGCAAAAAAGAAGUUUUAAUGUGCAUAUAUAAAAGCUAAAGAUAAAAGGGAAUGAAUUAGUUCAUUUCUUUCUUGAUAUAUUUAUAUUUGACGGACACAAUGUUGCCACUCUUCCUUGUAAUCUUCACAACCCUUUGCUUCAUAGCCGAUGGCCAGGGUGGCGAUCGUCCGAAAGGGACAAUCGGAGACAAACUGGUCUCGAUAGGAAGGAAUGAACUGUUGAAUCUUCUUGGUAGGAGUGUUGAGAAUGGAAACGGCUUCAUGCCACUUGAAAGUAGGCAGUACAAAUGCCACGUAUUAAAUGCUUUAUACCAGAGUGCAAGGAUGAAGUAUCCCGAUCUUCCCAAGGAAGUUCUAUCGCCACGAAUGAUCAACAUGUUGGACAACUGCGCCACGCGCGACUUCAGACUAAGCGAGUUUUUCAGCCAGCCUUUUAUUUUCCCAGGUACAAAGUAUUGUGGUCAAGGAAAUAUCGCAGAAAAUUAUCAUGAUCUUGGCAUCUUCAACGAAACGGAUGCUUGUUGUCGAGAACAUGAUUAUUGCGAUGAUAUUAUUCGACCCGGAAGAACGAAACAUAAUCUAAUCAAUCCUUUCGGAACGACAAGAUUGCACUGCAAGUGUGACGAAGCCCUUCGGAAUUGUUUCAGAAAAGUGAACAGUGUAGUGUCCAACUCGGUUGGAUAUAUAUUCUUUUCCUUGCUUCAAACACAGUGCUUUGACUUUGAAUACCCGGCGACGGGUUGCUUACUCUGGAGGCGUGGAGCAGUGAGACUCUACUGCGUGAAGUACGAGCUGCAGGAAGACCAACCUAAAAGGUGGCAAUGGUUCGAUCAAGAGCCCCACUUCUAACCUUGCAGACUAAAGUUUGAAACUUGAUUUUUACACCAAGACUAAAGAAAAAACCUGUACAUAUUUUAAUUUUGUGUUUAUUUGUGAAAUUCAAACUUGUAU